AUGGGCGUGAGCGAGAACAUAGGCGUCCACCGCGACAUUCGCGAGCGCGGCCAGGCGCAGGACCCGCGCGAAGAUGGGCAGCAGAACACGGCCAGGAGGGACGGCAACAAGGACACGACCAAGCGGGCUAAGCGGCAGUUGUUCAUCAUCCAGCGCAUGAAGAUGUCCGGGAUGCGGAGUGAGAACGAGAUGGUCGACGCAUCCGAGUUGAUCGAGGCGUUGACCGAAAACAUCAAGGUCACGACCGAGAAAAUUCAGGAGGCCUUGAGCUUCAUCGAGGCCCUGCCUGCGACCGUGGACGGCAAGGCAUCUUCGUGA